CGAGGAAGUGAUGUAUCCCUGUACUGCAAUCGUUCCAGGAAAUAGUUUAUAGUUUCCAGCAAGGUUUUUUUCCGCCUUUGUCUUGUGUACUGACCUGUAGCUAGUACUGAAAGUAUUAAACGUUCAAACUGCAAGUUUCCAUUUAAAUUGUAUCAUUGAACUCUCCUUUUUUUUUUUUUUUUUCUCCUGUUAAGAAUUUGGAUUGUCAAGAAUUCAUGAUGAUGAGCCUUUUUUCCCCUCUUUUAUUUGUCUCUGUUCUGUGUAUGAACAGCUUCUCAGGAGUGCAGGGAAGGAAAUGGAAAGGUGAAGGCACUACUCAAAAUCUGGAAAGUAUUGUCAUUGGAAGAUGCCAUGAUUAUAUUAGAAUUGUGAACCCUGCUGUUGGUGAGAAGAAUUGUUCACAGAUAUGGGAAGCAUUUAAAAAUGCAUUUAUUAACAAGGAUCCUUGCAGCAUUCUACCUAAGGAUUAUGAAUUAUUUAUCAACCUCACAUUUCACACGAUUCCGCCUAACAAGUCUCUUUUCUGGGAAAAUAAUCAGCUACUAGUCAAUAGCUUUGCUGACAGAGGACGUCGCUACAUGUCCAUUGGUGAUACUCUGUUUGGCUUCAUUGGAGAUUUUCUGAACUGGUGUGGGCAGGCAGACAGCCCUGGCCUGGACUAUGAAUCCUGCCCUACCAUGACGGAAUGUGAAAACAAUGCAGUGGAUUCUUUCUGGAGGAUGGCCUCAACCACUUAUGCAAAGCAGAGCUCAGGGGUGAUACAGGUCUUGCUGAAUGGUUCUGCAGAGGGAGGAGCUUAUCCACAGCCAGGUUUUUUUGCAGAUUAUGAAGUACCUAAUCUCCAGAAAGACAAAAUCUCACAGGUUGUCAUUUGGGUCGUGGAUGAUAUUGAAGGACCAGAUAGAGAUUCCUGUGGAACUAAUAGUGUAAAGACAUUAGAAAACAGGCUGAAAACUCUUGGUUUUGAUGUCACUUGCACUGACAAUUACAAGUCUGUAAUGUUCUUACUCUGCCUGGAUAACCCUGAUCAUUCUAAGUGUGCCCUUGCAUCCUAAGGGUGAGCAUGCAGUUCUGCAGUAUUGCCACAUGGCGUUUGCAGUGUGUAAGCAGGGGAGCAGCCGCCCCUUCCUUCCCAUCCUUGUCGGUACUCAAAGUAACAUAAUCCCUGGUGUACCUGAAACACCAGUCUCACACUCUCCUGGGGUAACUCCAGAACAACUCAGCUGUUCUCAUCCUCCUUAGGAAAAGUUUCCUUGCUUGUUUCCUUCAUGAGCACUGUAUUCCAUCCUCUAUGCAUGGCACUGUAAUAAGUUUGAUUAAUUUCUUAUAUAUCCCAAAUCACAACAGAGCUUCCCAAUCUGAAUGCAAAACUAUCAUUUCCUCUCCCUGAAAUUUAAGUAAUUUAAAUACUACAAGCCAAUGAAUACUUACAUUCUUCCCAGAAUCACUCAAUUCUCUGCAGUAAAUGAUACCACCUCCAUAGAAACUAGCUACCUUUUCAGAAAGAGCCUUAAGCAGAUGCAUAUAAAUGAUUUGAUGAUUACCUACUUAGGUAUGUUUUCUGUGUUCUGUGAUGGUCCAUCACCUGGCUGGGGGCUGGUCACCAGGGGUAUCACUAAUUGGAGAGGGUAUCUGUUAGCAAAAGUUUCCUUUGCAGAGUAGGUGCUCACAGUGUUUUCAUACUGCCAUGGCAAACAGUGGGACAGGCAUGCAGGGGCUCAUGCAUCCCCUUUCACCAGGGCUGGUUGCUAUUACAAGGCUGACAGCUGCCCUCUCAGCCUCCAGAGAAUAAAGUCCUAAGCCCAAAAGCAUCAGAGUUGGACAAGUGAUUUUUUAUGUCACCACAACUCCCACUACACAGGCAUAGCAAAAGAGAGAGCUGGGCCAGGGUAGCAGAAGGAUGGCCUAGAAGGUGCUGUGAUGUACCUGGGGCUUCUUGCAUGGUGGUGGUGCCCCUUAACUCCUCUCCAGACUUGAACGAUGUUCCUGCUGAGUCAUAUGUGGACUUCGGCUUGUUAAGGUGACACCCUGACGUUAGAAAAAGCUUGUGAGUAAAAAAUACCCACUAGAUGGCAGAGAUGGCUUACAAAUGUAAGCAGGAGGAAGCCAGAUGCAAGCUGUUAGUGGUGGCAUGGAUUACUUGCAUUAUUGCUAUGUCAGGGAGACAUAGAAUUGGGUCUGGGUAGUGUUGCACCAAGUGCUCUGAAAAUACAGUCCUCCAGGACCACUGCUGUCUAGAAGAGCACUAUAAAAUCACAAGCAUAAGGCCAGAGACAGCAAAUGGAAGUGGAGAAACAAGAAGGCACUUGUGUGAAGGUAGAAAGAAGAGUUCCCAAGGUUUUGCAAAGAUAUUCUGUUUAUAGAAUCAUGACAGCCAAAGGGAAUCUGUUGGCAGGCUCGUAUAAAGAAACUUCUGGCUUAGCACUUAGGCCACAAACUUCACCCUUGGCAACAAACCCCUGAUAUUUAAAAGAAUCCUAACUCAGCUCUGUGCUGUGAACAUCCUGUUUGUUUUCUCUUCUUCAGAUCUGCACCAGCUGCACAAAGAGGACCUAUAUCUUCAGACAGAGGAGGCAGCUGGAACAAGCUCAUGUUUGUUUCUUUUGCAGGCUUUUUGUUCCGAUUUGCUUUAGUGUACUGAGUUAAUCAACUGAAUCCAUAUCCUCUGUUUGCCUUAGCUGGCUAUAAAUUUUGCUUCAGCUGAUUUCUAACUGCAGUUUUAUUCUACUUUUGGGACUGCAAAACCUGCAUAUUAAAACCCUGCAUACUAGAUACUGGGUUGUUUCAGUAUUGAAAAUUAUCCCACUGGUGCUAGAAAGCCUCACCGUUCAUUUUCUUUUUCUAGAAAAAGUUCAUUGCUAUUUCCUCUUAUCUUUAUUCUCCAGAAUUAAACCAAGAAAAAUUCUUCCUGUUCACAUAUUUCAGAAAGAAAAAUGAUACUAUGCAUACAUCACCCACAGAAAUGGCUUGUUUGUAAAACCAUCCUAGCAUCUGACCUUGGAAACUAAGUGACUGAUUAUCGUGUUUUGGGAAGGUGAAACAUAAACUCAAGUGGGAGAGAUCUUAGAUUGCUCACUUGAUACAAGAUGCAAUAGGUAAGACAGUGGAAAAGUAAACUCAUUUUCAUAAGUAGUCCAAUACUUGGGCCAAACUUAAAAACUAGGGUACAGCAAGAUUCUGGGUGCGAACUUGCAUGCAGUUAUUUACUUUAUUUACAGUUAUUUACAAUAUCAAUUGUUUCAUCAUCUGCACAGCUGUCCUUCAGCUGGCUGUUUCCUGGCCACUGGAUAGCAAAUAGUCAGAAAUACCAGGUCUAGAAAGUUCCACAAUUUUUCCAGCACAAUAUGAUUUAUGGUAUAUCAUGUUCAGAUAAAAACCUGCCAAGUCAGACAUUGGCUUGCUUGCAGUGAACUUGGAUACAGGGUUCAGAACACACUGAGGAGAGAGCAGAUGUCAUCCUGGAGGUUUCUUGGGUUACUUGUGUGAAUUCCAGUGCUUCAGCUAGAGGCUCCUCUAAACCACCAGGACAUCCAGCUACCAAGAUGACCCAUAAAUCUUCAGAAAAAAAUAGUCAUUCUACAGAGAACAAUUGUAUGUAGCUGGUUUUUGCACAUUUUGUGUUAGCUUCUGUAUUAUUUAUUUGUGUUUGUAUUGACUGGUUGCCAGGAAACUUGGAGAGGAUGUUCCUGUUACCUCAGUGAAUCUGAUUUAAGGGUCCAUAGUAGAUUUACAUCAUUUCAAUACCUGAUGCAACAGUAUCAUGUUGUAUGUUUGAAAGAUAAAGUAUUUAAAAUAUGUUGUAGUUGCUUAUUUGUCUUGCUUCUCUGCCUGUAAUAAUCUUUAAUUUGGUUUUAAUGCAAAUCUCUUUACAUUGCACACAUAUUUGGGUUUGCCUACAGGAGGGUUUAGGCUCCAGCCUGGAGGAUUUUUGUAUCUUUUUCAGACACAAAAUUGUACUGAAAGUACAGAAGUACUGAAAUCAGAAGUUACAGACCUUUAAAAAUCUGGGCUGUAUUAUGCCUCAGAAUUGUUCCCUAUCUGUGCUGUAACUUUAGUCCUUUGAUUAGUUCCUUGAACAUUCUGUUCAUUUUUUAUUGUUUUGUUUCACGUUUUAUUGUUUACAGCAGCCACCAGAGUAGUAAGAAAGGUAUCUGUAACACCUCAUAUAUGUGACUCAUGUAUGGAGUCCCACCUCAGAUAGCUAAAGCCAAGCAAUUUUGAUCAACCUUCUAUUUGCCCACAGCAGUUCAUAUCAGUUCUGUUUGCCCACAGCAGAUAAUAUCAGACACAUGUUGGGCCCCAGGCUGUAGAGAUUAUGUGUGUGAGGCUCCCAGUUGUCCCAGCCAUCAUCAGGGCUGGUGUGUGCUGCUUACUGACCUCUGUGUGAGAUCCAGAGAACAGCUUAAUGCCAUAAACAGCCUUGUGCCUCUUAGGCAACUUCCAGCCACAAGCCAAGCAUCCCAGCUGGCCAACUUUUGCUUUCCAGCUUAUGAAAGCUUUCCAGCCUCUGCAUGUAAUUGACUCCAGCAGCACAGUCACUGCUGGCAGUUACACAUGGUACCAAACACUCAGUAAAAAGUGCUAAAUAAUUCUGUUUUGGAAGGCAAAUUAAAAUAUUAAGUAGGAUAACUUCAGUUUAAACAAUUGAGAUUAUUUAAUGCAUAGCCUUAUGUCAAAAACAACACACUCAGAACCUCUUGCAGUGUUUUUCUUUAUUUCUAAUGUUCUUUCCUCUUUUCCCAUUACUUCAACUCAGUAGCAAUGACAGCAAUUUCUUUUCUAAUACCUGUUCAAUUAAGUGUCUCAAACUUGCUUAAAAAACUUGGGAAUAUCUGGAAAGAUUUUUAGCUAUCCAACUAAUAUAGCUAGUAAAAAAAAAAAAGCAGCAAGGCAAAGUUCUAGAUGCAUAGGUUUCCUGAGACUUUUAGAGGCAGCAAAUUUCAAGCUGAGUGUGAAUCAUUUGUUCUGAGUUUUACAUAAAGAACAGUGUGACUGGCAUCUCAGAAGCUGAGGGGCAGGAGUGUCAGCAAAGCAAGAAACAAUAAGGUCAUUUGUUACUCCCAGAGAGAAGGAGGGACAUGAACAUGACCUUUUUUUAUUUCUAUGGUAUAAGGGUGUGCAUAGCACUAUUUACAGAUAUGUGUUACAUUGAAGUGGUGACUGUCAGCCAGGUGAGCCCGUGCUAUGUCUUGAACACUCAGGAAAUGCUCUGAUUAGCAAGGUCUAAUGUAAGAGCUGUGCCAAAUCUGGAUAAAUCAUAGUGUCCAAAAGGCAUCUACCCUUUUCCUUAAAGUCAGUCAAGCCUGGGGAAGUUCACAAGUAUAGAUUCAAAAUGUUUCAACCAUUCAUAUUUGUACUAGCAGUGCUACAAAAACAGCUGUCUCCAGGUGUGAAAUUGGGGGAGAAAAUGUUUCAGAUGAAAACAAUAUGUAUAUCACUUAAUUCUGAGUCCUGUUGGAUGCCAGAAUCCUGUGCAAAUCUAUUCAUAUCCAACUACUUGUGGAAAAUGAAAAUAUCAGAUACAGGAGCAUUACCUGCAGACAGACCUAUGGAAGCUACUGAGACUAAGGCAGUAUUUCCUGCUGUGCCCACUUUGUGGACCAUGUAAGAACUCAGUCAUCUUACAUUCUUCAUUCCUGUAUAGAAGUUAAUAUACUCUCCCAUCCUACUAACCUACUUUUUCUUUUUGCUACAUGCAUUUCAGUCAUUGUAUCUGACAGAAGCUGAACUCUCAUUCAGAGUAGUUCCUUUUCCCAGCAUGUAUAUGCAUGCACACGUAUACAUCUGCUCACACCUGCUCUGCCUAUUUUUAAAUGUAAAGUCCUGAGUGCUCUGGAGUAAAAAGUUAUGAGAAUAAAGCGAGGACAACUUGA